AUGAUCCUGUUUGUAGGUCACUUCCCGUACUACAACGCGGUUUACUUAGUGCUCUUUUACACAGGGUUUGAUCACCUACCAUAUAUGCCGUUUCCGCCUUCGUGGCCUGUCUAUACGCCGGCACAGAAGCUUGCGGAUUGGUUCGAAUACUAUGCCGAAGCCAUGGAACUCAAUGUCUGGACGUCAGCGACUGUGAUACAUGCUGAGCCGAAGGGAGGCAAGUGGAAGGUGGUCGUGAGGAAGAGCGAUGGAACGGAGCGGAUUUUUCACCCUGAUCAUGUUAUAAUAGCGGUUGGCUUCGGAGGUGGUGUGCCCAAGAUGCCAAAGAUCCCUGGUCAGGAGGAUUUCCAAGGACAGGUGUUGCACUCGAGUCAGCACAAGUCAGCCAGAGAUCAUGUAGGACAGAAAGUGCUCGUUGUUGGCGCUUGUACAUCAGCCCAUGACAUAGCUGCCGAUUAUGUCGAUCAUGGUGUAGAUGUGACUCUGUUCCAGAGAAGCUCAACUUAUAUUAUGUCGACGAAGGAAGGAAUGCCUCGUCUAUUCAAAGACACGUUCUGGGAAGGCGCGGGUCCUACCGAAGUCUCCGACCGUGUGCACGCCUCGCUACCCGCGUUCAUGCUGAAGGAGAUGCACGUACGCCUUACAUCAGAAAUUGCAGAAGCAGACAAGCAGAUACUGGAGGGAUUGAAGAAGGCGGGUUUCAAACUGAAUUUUGGCCAGGACGGAUCUGGUUUUUUGUAUAACGCUAUGACUCGUGGUGGGGGCUAUUACCUAGAUGUCGGCAGCUGCCAGAAGAUCAUAGAUGGCCAAAUCAAGUUGAAGAAUGACAGCCAGAUCGAGCGUUUCACCAAGACUGGUCUCUUGUUCACGGAUGGCAGUGAAUUAGACGUCGACGUCGUCCUGUUUGCCACAGGCUUCGAUGGUGCGCGAGCUGCGAUUUUCAGGCUUGUUGGAGAAGAUCUUGGAUCCAAAAUAUCGCAAAUGUGGGAUCUGAACGAAGAAGGCGAGGCAUAUGGCGCUUGGCGCUACUUGGGCGUGCCCAACUUUUGGUUCAUGAAAGGCGAUCUUGCUACGUGUCGCUUUCACUCAAAGCAUCUGGCUCUCCAAAUCAAAGCUAUACAGGAAGGAGUGUACGGAACUCGUUAUGCGCCUUAA